AUGGCGGAGAACGGCGAAGGCGCCGAAGAGUACCUCUUCAAAGUGGUCCUCAUCGGGGACUCUGCGGUCGGCAAGUCCAACCUCCUGUCGCGGUUCGCCCGGAACGAGUUCGACAGCAACUCCAAGGCCACAAUUGGUGUGGAGUUCCAGACGCAGGUGGUGGAGAUCGACGGCAAGGAGGUCAAGGCGCAGAUCUGGGACACUGCGGGUCAGGAGCGCUUCCGAGCCGUCACUUCCGCUUACUACAGAGGCGCCGUUGGAGCUCUUGUCGUCUACGAUAUCAGCAGGAGAGGGACCUUCGACAGCAUCAAGCGGUGGCUUGAAGAGCUCACUACUCAAAAUGAUAGCACUAUAGCAAGAAUGUUGGUGGGAAAUAAAUGCGACUUGGAGAAUAUUAGAGAGGUGAGCACAGAUGAGGGCAAAAGUCUUGCAGAAGAAGAGGGUUUGUUCUUUAUGGAGACAUCUGCACUCGAUUCUACCAAUGUCCAAACAGCUUUCGAGAUUGUUAUCCACGAAAUUUACAACAAUAUCAGCCGUAAAACCUUGAACUCUGAUUCUUACAAGGCUGAGUUGUCUGUGAAUCGAGUAAGCUUGGUUAAUGGUGCAGGAUCAAAGCAAGGUCUUUCUUGUUGUUCUCGAUGA